AUGCACCUGCCGGGCUGCGCGCCUGCCAUGGCCAACGGGAGCUUCUCGCUCGCGGGUCACCUGCUCCGCAGUCCGGGCGGUAGCACCUCGCGGUUGCACAGCAUCGAGGCAAUCCUGGGCUUUACCAAGGACGACGGGAUCCUCGGUACCUUUCCGGCAGAACGGGGCGCCCGGGUAGCGAAGGAGCGGGAGAGGAGACUGGGUGCGCGGCCCGCCUGUCCCAAGGCGCCCGGGGGCAGCGCGGAGCCCUCCCCGCCCCCAGCACCCGCGCCGGUCCCCGAGUACGAAGCCUCUCGCCCCUACUGUCCCAAGGAGCCCGGGGAGGCACGGCCGAGUCCAGGGUUGCCCGUUGGGCCAGCCGCUGGCGAUGCGAAGCUGUCGGAGGAGGAGCAGCCCAAGAAGAAGCACCGGCGGAACCGCACGACUUUCACCACGUACCAGCUGCAUGAGCUGGAGCGCGCCUUCGAAAAGUCCCACUAUCCUGACGUGUACAGCCGGGAGGAGCUGGCGGGCAAGGUCAACCUACCCGAGGUCCGGGUCCAGGUGUGGUUCCAGAACCGAAGGGCCAAGUGGCGACGGCAGGAGAAGCUGGAAGUGUCGUCCAUGAAGCUGCAGGACUCGCCCCUCCUCUCAUUCAGUCGCUCCCCGCCUUCUGCGGCUCUCGCGCCCCUCGGGGCCGGCCCGGGCAGCGGCGGUGGGCCACCAGGGGGCGCCCUACCGCUGGAGUCGUGGCUCGGGCCGCCCCUGCCUGGUGGGGGCGCCACAGCGCUGCAGAGCUUGCCGGGCUUCGGGCCGCCGGCACAGAGCUUGCCCGCCAGCUACACCCCGCCGCCGCCGCCACCACCCUUCCUGAACUCCCCGCCGCUGGGUCCCGGUCUGCAGCCACUCGGGCCGCCACCGCCCGCCUACCCAUGCGGGCCCGGCUUCGGGGACAAGUUUCCCCUGGACGAGGCGGACCCGCGCAACAGCAGCAUCGCUGCACUGCGUCUGAAAGCCAAGGAACACAUCCAGGCCAUCGGGAAGCCGUGGCAGGCCCUCUAA